GAGCAAAGAACGACGAGGAGGAGGAGGAGGAAGAGGAGGAAAGAUCCCCGUUGGAAUCUCGACUCGCGCGGAAGUCGCGACGACGAGGUGCGACCCUCGGCCUCCGCUACCGCCGUCGUUUUCAUCUCGCAAAAGGUUCGCGGAACGCAGUCAAGCUGGCUGCCUCCGGCGGUAACCCCGCUGCCGUCGCCGCAUCCGCGCAUCCUCCCGUGCUUUGGAGCUCCCGCAGGAAGCCGGGCCUGCACUUGCGGAGCAUCGAGGAGCCGAGGAUGACGGCGGAGACGGCGGCCCCCUGCGUACAAGGGAUACAGGGUGCCCAGAGCGGCGUGGCGAGCCAGAGUAUGCUGCAACAGGUGCAGGAUGGAAACGGCAGCAGCGGCGGCGGCGGCGGCGCGGCGGCGGCGGCGUAUUAUUCGACGUCGACUUCGACCGUAUACGAUCCGGAAUACGCCCGUAUGGAGGCUUGGCUCGACGAGCAUCCCGACUUCGUCAACGAUUACUUUCUAAGAAAAGUGACAAGGCAAACCGUGGACAUGUGGUUGGUGUCGCAUGCGACGCCGACCUCGUCGUCGAGCAGCUGCGUGGAGUUGUCGAGCCCGACCCACGCCGCGGCCGGCAAUUCGUCCUCCGGACGAGGUGGUGCCGGUGGCUCGGGAGCCACGACGCCCGUGCGCAAAAUCUCGGCGCAUGAAUUCGAGCGCGGGGGCCUUCUGAAGCCGAUCGUCAACACGAUCGACGGCACGCCGACCUUCCUCAGCGUAUCGACGGGCGACGUGGGUCAGCCGGGCGGGUCGCAGAUCUGCGGAUCUGCCAGCUCGAAUCGCCCGCAGAGACGGUCGAGACACGAGCUCAGACAUCUGGACGAAAAGGAUCUCAUUUUCGAACUGGUCAAGGAUAUUUGCAAUGAGUUGGACGUGAGAUCGUUGUGCCACAAGAUCCUGCAGAAUGUGAGCACGCUCCUUCACGCGGAUCGUGGCUCGCUCUUCCUCGUCCAGGGGGAGAGAAGCGGAGCCGCCGCAGCCGCCAACAUCAACGCGUCGAUGCCCUCGAAUCACGAGGCUGCCGUGAGCAACUCCGACGAUGGAAGCAACUUGCAGCGUAACGACCAAUCCUAUUCGAGGAGCAGGUGUCUGGUGUCGAAGCUAUUCGAUGUUUGCUCGAGAUCGACAUUGCUAGAGAUGGAGAAGAAAGAUGAGAUUAAGAUUCCCUGGGGCACCGGGAUCGUCGGAUACGUCGCUGAGAGUGGGGAACCCGUCAACAUACCGGAUGCUUACCAGGAUUCGAGGUUUAAUCGCGAAAUUGACGCUUUAACGGGUUACCGUACGCGUGCCUUACUAUGCAUGCCUAUCAAGGAUUGCAAUGGUGAUGUAAUCGGAGUAGCACAGGUGAUCAACAAGCUCGGUGGUGAGGGACAGUUCACCGCACAGGACGAGAAGAUCUUUGCCGGUUACUUACAGUUCUGCGGUAUUGGUCUAAGAAACGCGCAACUUUAUGAAAAGAGCCAAUUGGAAGUGAAGAGAAAUCAGGUUCUACUAGAUUUGGCUAGAAUGAUUUUUGAGGAACAAAGCACGAUAGAGCAUAUGGUUUUUAGAAUUCUUACGCACACGCAAUCGUUGAUUCAAUGCCAACGUGUUCAGGUGUUGCUCGUGCACAAAGCUUCAAAGGGGAGUUUCUCGCGUGUCUUCGACUUCGAAGCGAACGAUCUCGCUGGCGAGGAUUCUGAUUCUCGCACUAGUCCUUACGAAAGUAGAUUUCCUAUUAACGUUGGCAUCACGGGUUAUGUAGCAACAACCGGUGAAACUGUCAAUAUACCGAACGCUUACGAAGAUCCUAGAUUCGAUCCGUUGGUGGACGACGGCACCGGCUUUAGACAUCGCACAAUUCUUUGUAUGGCCAUCAAGAAUUCGUCCGGUCAGAUAAUCGGUGUUAUUCAGCUGAUUAAUAAAUUCGACGAUUUACCUUUCACGAAGAAUGAUGAGAAUUUCGUCGAGGCGUUCGCGAUUUUCUGCGGAAUGGGAAUUCAUAAUACGCAUAUGUAUGAGAAGGCUGUGAUAGCGAUGGCGAAACAAAGCGUCACUUUAGAAGUACUAAGUUACCAUGCAUCGGCGUCGUUGGAGGACGCGCAGAGAUUGAGGAGUUUAAGGGUUCCAUCAUCAGCGCAUUUUCAAUUACAUGACUUCAAAUUUGAUGAUAUACACAUGGAAGAUGACGAAACUCUCACGGCGUGUCUCAGGAUGUUUCUCGAUUUGGAUUUUGUCGAACGAUUUCACAUCGAUUAUGAUGUACUUUGUCGUUGGUUGUUGAGCGUGAAGAAGAAUUAUAGAAACGUUACGUAUCACAAUUGGCGACAUGCCUUUAACGUGGCCCAAAUGAUGUUUGCUAUUUUGACGGCUACGCAAUGGUGGAAGAUCUUUGGUGAAAUUGAAUGUCUCGCGCUUAUCAUUGCUUGCUUAUGUCACGAUCUCGAUCAUCGUGGAACAAACAAUUCUUUCCAAAUUAAAGCCUCAUCGCCACUGGCACAGUUAUAUUCGACCUCAACGAUGGAGCAUCAUCAUUUCGAUCAGUGUUUGAUGAUCUUGAGCAGCCAAGGCAAUCAAAUACUAUCAAAUCUUUCGCCAGAAGAUUAUUCGCGCGUAGUAAAAGUUCUCGAAGAAGCGAUUCUUUCUACGGAUCUGGCUGUUUAUUUCAGGAAACGCGGCGCUUUUCUUAAUCUAGCACGCAGCGGUGGUUAUAACUGGGCAUUUAGCGAUCAUCGAGAGCUUCUACGGGGGAUGCUGAUGACAGUCUGCGAUCUAGCUGCCAUCACGAAACCGUGGGAAGUCGAAAAGAGAGUGGCUGAGCUUGUCAGUAGCGAGUUUUUCGAACAAGGAGACAUAGAAAGGCGGACGCUCAACAUUACGCCUAUUGACAUUAUGAAUCGAGAAAAAGAGGACCAGUUACCGAUAAUGCAAGUCGGCUUCAUUGAUUCUAUUUGUUUACCCAUCUAUGAGGCGUUCGCCCAUCUAUCGGACAAACUUGUGCCUCUCGUCGAAGGGGUCACUAUAAAUAAACAACAUUGGUUGGAGAUUGCUAAUAGCAAGCGUCAGGCAGAGACCUGCACGAACCACGAUAGGACGCCGUCAACAUCGGUAUCUGACAAUGAGGAGACCAGCGAGCAAGCGGACCAAUAGUCAUUACGAUGGCGUCACCGGCUACUAGAAUCGAACGUACCAAACGUAGCCGUAGCGACCAUCCGCCAGUCGUCAGAAAGAGAAAUACGGGAUACAGUUUAUUGUCCUAGCGGGUCGUUUCCGCUAACGCCCGUUUUCCUUGUCUCAAUUAUUACUGUGUCUUGCGCGAAAACGAACGGGUGAUCCGUCUGUUAGGACUCUGUACUAAUUCAUUUCCGUCAAUUUCUACAGAUCUGCUGAUCAAAUAGACCAAAUAUACAAUUUUCUCGCGUUGAAAUGAAUGUCUCAAUCAAAAAUCGUUUCGUAAACUUGCUGUGUAUCAUAAUUUGCGGAUUAGCAAAUUAUGUUCUCUUAUGCAAAUUAUAUUUUGCUCUCAUGAGCAAGUAGAACGAAUUGAACUGAAUAAAAGAAUUCUUUAUUAUUUUACAACUUGCAAAAA